UUUGUUUCCCAGCUGGAGCGACGAAGGACGUUAACUUUGCUAAAGGGUUGAGAGACGACCAUCCUAGGAUACGUAGUGUGUCAUAUCUAGUGUGGGAGCAGCUGAUGAUGCUGUGGCUUCUUAUGUUGGUGGCGGCGGCGGCGGCGGGGACGGCAGGGCACCCGUUGGAGGCGCAGCGGCUAGAGGGCAGAGCCAUAGGGCAGGGUAGAGGCGUAGGUUGGCUGUGGAACCUACCCUUCGCUGACCAUCCUCGUCAGCAAUUUGAAGUACCAGAGGCGCGGGAGGAGGGUCGCAGGAGGAGUGACUCCGUCACUAAGGUCAAGGAGGAAUUGGUGGAGGGUGACCUCAGCGGUGGCAGUCCCGUCACUCAUCACGAGGAGGAGCUCCUGGAGGAGGGCCGACGGAGAAGCAGCCCUGAAGACAAGCCUAGCAAGCGGAAGCCUUCCAAGACUCUUCGUGAUGGCACUCUUUCUGGCAACGUUGGGGUGCAGUUGAGUGCCACUGGAUUCCAGGGUGCCGCUGCUGCUCCAGCUGCCUCUGGUGCCAGCACUACCACCCUCGUUGGUCAUAAUACACCACUGCUUCCCCUUGCCGGGAAACCUAUCGUGCUGCCCGGCGUCUUUAAUGUCCCGGUUAACCCCCCUGCUGCUGCCGCCCCUGCCGUGGCUGCCGCCCCUGCCGUGGCUGCCGCUCCUGCCGCCACCGUAGCCGCCACCGCCCCUGGCUGGGCGUGGGGUUGGCUGCAAGGUCUCUUGAACAAAGUGAACAGACCCGCAGUGGGAGUAGGGGUGGCCGCCCCCACCGGUGUGGACAUCAACGCUAAUCUUCAGGGUCAACUGACUAUCAACCAGGCUGCCGCGGCCCUGAAGCCGGUGGUUGCGCAGGCACCAGCCGUGGUAGUACCUCCCAAGCCUAGCAAGUCUGAGGUGAUGGUUCUCAGGUACCCAGAAUUUAUCAAGACCAUAGGACAAGGCAUUAAGAAGGUUUCCAACGCAGUUCAGGACUUCGGGAACGGCAUGUCGACGUCCAUAGCUAAUAAGUUCAGCAACGGCCUUCAGAGUGUGCCUACUGCCGUGGGUGCUGGCGUGGCUGCCAUCAUACCACUGAAUGACCAGACUAACCCACAGAAGCCACUCUUCCCAUCCCCGCCUGCCAUAAGUGUACCAGCAUUGCCUACCAUACCCAAGCCAGCACUGCCGUCUCUGGGUUCUCUCUUCACUAAAGCCACUGGCUUGAACGUGGGAGGUACUGGUACAGCAAGCGUUUCCGUCGCCAGACCAGGACAGACACCCACCAAGUCUACUAUAGUUGUCAGCGCUAAUAAACCUUAGAUGUGACACAACUUCGGCUCAGUGGGAGAUCAAGAUGGUGGACUUUAUUUACUGUCAUUGUUGAAAAUUUAACAUGUUGAUGUUUUGUGUGUGUGUGUGUGUGUGUGUGUGUGUGUGUGUGUGUGUGUGUACUACCAUCAUUGAAUCUCCCUUGG